CAGACACGUUGUGAGAGCUGCACACAGAGCAGGAAAACAUUUCGUGUUUCAAGAUGAAUUUUUCUGAAGCAAAGUGUGAAGUGAUGAAGCUGCUGAGCAAAGUGAAGCCGAGUGAGCUGAACACUGUGCUGAGGUGGCUCCGGACCUCAGACGAGUUGGAUGAGUUUCUGUCCAACAACAACAAAGUGAUUCUGCAGAACAUCUCAGAGGAGCUGAGAGCCAGUCUGCCUCCAGACGCCAUGUUCCCCUCUGAGAGCACUGCAUACACUAAGAUGCAGCAGUGUUCCCAGCCGACGGUCCACGUGGACAGUUUCCUGUAUGAUGAAGAUCAGGUGGACUCCCUCUGUGAGGAGGGAACCAUGAGUCGCUCGUACUGUCUCACCUGUGGAUCCUACAGAACCGCUCCUCUGGACUUCAUCUCUCAUUCGUUCUCCAUAUCAGAGCUUCAGUUCCUGUUUGAGAACGUUCUUCCAGACCUGAGCGGUCGGGUGCUGGUGGACGUGGGCUCCAGACUGGGAGCUGUUCUCUACGGGGGUUACGUGUUCAGCUCAGCCUCUCAUCUGAUUGGUCUGGAAAUCAGUGAGGAGUUUGUGAAUCUGCAGAAAAACAUUGUGCAGAAAUACAACAUGAUGGACCGACUCCAGGUUCUCCACACUGACGUCUGCCUGCAGAAUGUUCUGCUGCAGAAUGCAGAUGUUCUCGUCAUGAACAAUGUCUUUGAGUUCUUUAUGGAGCCCAGCGAACAAGUCAGAGCGUGGAGGUUCAUCAUAGAGAACUUUAGGAAGAAAGGAUCUCUGCUGGUCACAGUCCCCAGUCUGCAGGAGAGUCUCAACACUCUGCAGCAGGAGGCGCUGCAGCCUGGCUGGGUGGAGGAACUUCCUGUGGACUAUGAUGUUUACCUGGGCAGAGACACAGACCAUGAUGCUCUCAGACAGAUCCACCUGUACAGGGUCCUCUGAUCCCUGAACUGGUUCAGAACUGGUUUAAAGGACUGAACUGAACUGGACUGGUCUGAGGCUGUUUGAUUCCUUCGACUGUUCUCAACCAGAGUCCUCAGGUCCUGUCGACACAAACACAGAUAUUUUUCUAAACUCUGGAUAUUGAGUUUCUGUGUGGAUGUAAAAAGAAGAAUUUGGGAAAUGAUGAUGUCAUUUCGUUGUUGCUUUAUGUCGUGAGCAUGCUCGGGAAAGAACAACAAUGGAGGACUGCUGGAUUGUUUGUUUUGUUAGCACUGCGAGGUCUAAUUAUUGCCAGUGGAUGACUUUCUCAGUUGCCUCUAACAGCCUGUGGACUGAUUUCUAUGGACUCAGGAUGAAUUUCAUGCUCAUUCCCGAGUGUCUUGCCUCUCUUCAGCCACACUACAGUGCUAACAGUGUGCAAAACUAGCUAACGUUGGCUAAGAAAUGGAGUUCAUCAACAAACGAUCAGCAGCCUGGUGGACCUUCAGUUAGCCUCCUGUAGCAACGUCAGUUCAGCCAAAGCAAGGCCGAGUGCCAGGGGUUUUAUCCUGACCUGCCCCAAGUCCUCACUGGAUUAGCAAACUUUCUGUUGCUGCCUUUACACAGAUUGGACCCCACCAUGAACCCUGGGGCUGGGGUUUGCACUGGCUGAGUUUGAGUUGCUACAAUGGCUAAGGUCCAUCUGCUCUCUUACUGGGGAAAUAACUUCUUUGAGCAUCAGGGAGUGAGGGGAAAGACCAUAGGGUGCGCUAACGUUAGCUUAUUCUGGUCUCAUUUGUUUCUAAUCAAAUUCAGUGCCCCAUAUCAUAAUGUCAAUUCCUCCAUGGUGCUCAAAGAAAUCCUAACGUUACAGGAAUCACCAAUGUGAAAUAUAUUGUGGUAUUGUUGUUUUAGGUGACUAAUGUUAGCUAAUGUUAGCUUGCUUGCUAAUGUGGAUAAAUUGCUAUCCAGCUAACAUGGUAAAUGUACUGUUUUGAGUGGGUAAUGCCAUCGAAUUCAUCCAGACUUCGGGGACUGGUUUUGAAAACCAUCCAUACACAUGUAGAUGGGGCCUUACAGAACAAGAGUUUCACAUAUCCCAGCUCUGGACUGGAUGAACUUGGUUCUGGACUGGAGUCACAGCAGCUCUUCAUAAAGUCCUUCCUUUCCCAGUUCUCAGUAACUAACUGGUGAGUCACUAAAUGAGGUUGCACCAUUAAAACUUGAGAAAUGUCUGAGCGAGUAAAGACUUGUUUCUGUUGCUAGGAAACAUCUGAAGCACCGUCCAAUCAUUAACAAUCAACACGUAAACAGAGUAGAAACAGACUCUGAUGACUAGAGAACCUUUAUUUGACUCCUGUGAUGUGUACUGUAGAACAGUUGGUGUGGUUCUCACGUCCUUUGUUUCUGAAGCUUUAAAUCACGUCUGAUGGUCUCUGUGAUGGAGACAGACAGCAAGUAUAUGUUAUACAUAUACACAUAUAUACUGUGUUUAUACAUCUGUUAAUUUCUUUGUAUUAUUAAACAUUAACAUA